AUGAUUUCUGAAGCACUUUUGGUGAUCAAAUGUGAUGCUGCUUGUGAAGCAUGUAUCACAGAGCUUAGUGCAGAGAAAGCACUUAAUGAAUGUGAACUUCGGAAAGAAAAUGGUGAACUUCGGAAAGAAAAUGAUCAGAGAAGAACCCAAUUUAGGAAUGGCUGGCAGAACACAUCAUUGUACCCUGACUGGAGGAAAGAAUUUUUCCAGGCUGCAAAUGUUAUUCUAGAUCCAGCCACAGCCCAUCCUGCCCUCAUCUUGUCUCAAGGGAACAAAUGUGUAACAUGUGGAACGAAGUCUCAAGAUCUGCCUAAGGACCCAAGGAGAUUUAAUUUCCUUCCCUGUGUUCUGGGUCACCCAGUCAUCACCUCGGGGAGGAUUUACUGGGAAGUAGACAUCAGAGACAGUGGAGCCUGGGACCUGGGAAUAUGCAGCGAUAAUGUAAUGAGGCAGGGGAGGAUUUGUGUAAAACCUGAGGAUGGUUUCUGGGCCAUCAGGUUUUAUAAAAGUGAGUACUGGGCACUCACCUCUCCAGAAAUGCAGCUUACUCUAAAAGAGACCCCUACCAGAGUGUGUAUUUUCUUAGAGUAUGAGGAUGGACGUAUCUCAUUCUAUAAUAUGACAGAUAAAUCCCACAUUCACACCUUCUUUCAAGGUUCCUUUAAUGGGUCUCUAAGGCCUUUUUUCAGGCUUUGGCUCGGUGAUUCAAAACAUGUGACCAUCUGUCCAGUGCCUGAAGCAUAACCCUUACUGUGGUCCCUCCCCUGUAUUAGGAGCACCUAAGACCUGCAGUGUGGAUUGAAGCAUGAGGAAAUGACAUGAAUUCUCCUAUACCAGAAGCAAAUUAUUUUUCCUUGUCCUUUUCUUUGGUUCUCCCUAACAUUUUAUGUCCUUCAUAAAUGACUCCCCAAAGGCAUGGUGAAGUGUGGAAAAGUGUAUGUUGCUUAUGCUACGUUUAAUGAAAAUAUAUAUACAUAUAAAACAUACACACUGAUAUAAUAGAAUCAUUUUAUUUCUAUAAAUGUAUACAGGGAACUAGUGUGUGUGAUUGUUCAUACAAUGUUGAAACUUUAAUAUCUGACAAAGGUAGGAAUAAAGAGAAUAACAUUUUAUUUUAUACUCUUUUAUACCUUUGGGUUUUGUACUAUGUUUAUAAAGUGAUAUGCAGAAAAAUAAACUUAGU